AGAUUCCAGCAUCAGGACAACUGCACUGAACUGCAAUGCAAGCACAUGAGUUGUUCAGACACCUACGAAUGCCAGAACUUGGGGACGUCAGACAGUAUGUGCGCACCCUUCCGACAAAUACACUGAUGGGUUUUGGGGCUUUUGCAGCCCUCACAACCUACUGGUACGCAACAAGACCAAAAGCACUAAAACCACCAUGUGAUUUAGCAAUGCAAUCUGUGGAAGUAGAGGGUGGUGAGCAUGCUCGAAGGUCCUCUCUUCUUAACAGUGAUGAACUGAUGAUUUACUACUACGAUGAUGUGAGAACAGUUUAUGACAUCUUCCAAAGGGGUGUGCAAGUAUCAAAUAAUGGUCCAUGUUUAGGUGUUAGAAAACCAAACCAGCCGUAUGAAUGGAUCUCCUAUAAAGAGGUAUGUUGUCUCUCUAAUUAUGUGGGCUCUGCAUUACUCCACCGAGGCUUCAAACCAUCUCAUGCUCCAUAUAUAGGAAUCUUUUCACAAAACAGACCUGAGUGGGUUAUCAUUGAACAAGGAUGCUAUGCGUUCUCCAUGGUGGUGGUGCCACUCUAUGAUACACUGGGAACUGAAGCAAUUACGUACACUGUGAACAAAGCUGACUUGUCAUUGGUUUUCUGUGACAAACCUGACAAGGCCAAACUUCUGCUAACCAGUGUGGAAAAGGGGGAAACUCCAAUACUCAACACCAUUGUUAUCAUGGAAUCUUUUGGCAUGGAUCUUGUGGAACGUGGCAAAAAGUGUGGGGUGGAAGUCCUCAGCAUGAGAUAUAUAGAGGAGCUGGGAAGAACACACAGGCAAAAACCUAUGCCUCCAAAGCCAGAAGAUCUAGCAGUCAUCUGUUUCACCAGUGGAACGACAGGAAACCCCAAAGGAGCUAUGAUCACUCAUCAAAACAUAGUCAGCAAUGCUUCAGCUUUUGUGAAAUCUACAGAGAAAACAUUUAUGCCUUCCUCUGAUGACGUUCUGAUAUCAUUCCUGCCCUUAGCUCAUAUGUUUGAGAGAGUCGUUGAGUGUGUGGUUCUGUGCCAUGGAGCUCGGAUAGGAUUCUUUCAAGGGGAUAUCAGACUGCUUAUGGAUGAUCUAAAAACACUGCAGCCAACUGUAUUUCCUGUAGUACCAAGACUACUGAACAGAAUGUUUGACAAGAUUUUUGGACAGGCAGAUACUUCAUUAAAGAGGUGGAUGCUGGAUUUUGCUUCUAAGAGGAAAGAAGCAGAACUCAGAAGUGGUAUAGUUAGAAAUAACAGUUUCUGGGAUAAAGUCAUCUUCCGCAAAAUACAGGCAAGUUUGGGAGGAAAAGUAAGGCUCAUGGUCACAGGAGCAGCACCUGUAUCUGCAAGUGUACUGACCUUCCUGAGAACAGCUCUUGGCUGUCAGUUUUAUGAAGGUUAUGGACAGACUGAGUGCACAGCUGGAUGCUCACUGUCACUGCCUGGUGACUGGACAGCAGGUCAUGUUGGAGCACCUAUGCCAUGCAGUAUCAUCAAGCUUGUUGAUGUACAAGAAAUGAAUUACUUGGCUGCCAAAGGAGAGGGUGAGGUGUGUGUGAAAGGGCCAAAUGUAUUUCGUGGCUAUUUGAAAGAUCCAGAAAAAACAGCAGAAGCUCUGGAUAAAGAUGGCUGGCUUCAUACAGGAGACAUUGGGAAAUGGCUGCCAAAUGGUACAUUGAAGAUCAUUGACCGGAAAAAACACAUAUUUAAACUAGCCCAGGGAGAAUACAUAGCACCAGAGAAGAUAGAAAAUGUAUAUCUGAGAUGUGAAGCACUUGCUCAGGUGUUUGUCCACGGAGAAAGCUUGCAGGCCUUCUUAGUAGCUAUUGUGGUACCUGAUCCUGAGACUUUGUGCAGCUGGGCCAAGAAAAAGGGACUUGAAGGCUCAUAUGAAGAGCUAUGUAAAAACAAGGACCUCAAAAAACACAUUCUGGAAGACAUGGUGAGGAUUGGGAAAGAUGCUGGUUUGAAGUCAUUUGAACAGGUCAAAGACAUUGUCGUGCACACUGAAAUGUUUUCUAUUGAAAAUGGCCUGCUGACACCAACACUGAAGGCGAAGAGACCAGAACUGCGAAAAUAUUUUCAGUCACAGAUAGAUGAACUCUAUGCUAAUGCCAAAAUGUAACUGCGAAUGGAAUGAAGAAAGUGGCACACAUCUGAUGUCUACUGUUGGCCUUCAUAUCUGUAAUUUGACUACAGCAAACAUAGGGAAGGAAACUGUGCAAUCAUUAACUUGUACAAAAAUGGGUACUUGCCAUAGGAACAUUGAAGAAAUGGAACACUGCCUUACUGUCAAGUUGUGUUACAUACUGUUUUUAUGGUCACCUACAAUUUCCAAAAAGAGCCUUAACUAUAAAUGGUAACUAUAUGUAAGUUAUUUAAGACUUCCUUGGCCAAAAAUGGGACUCUCCUUCACCAAGGAGCUACGGUUUUCUUAUUGCCAGCAUGUUUGCUGUUUGCAGUUGUCAGUUCCACAAAGGAUUUGGCAGGUUUGAAAAUGCCUCUAAGUAUCUUGCAUCCUCAGAAAGAUUACUUAAUCUCUUAAAAAAAAAAAAAACCCAACCCUUACAAUUGUAUAGCUGGUAUCACAUCUUGCAUUAGUCCUGAUAUUAACUGGG